CUCAGACUCGUAUUCCAGUUUAAGAAGCGAGUGAAAGAGUGUAUAUCAUUACUCGUUUAGAAAAAGGUAUCCAGAAAGGAAGAAAAAACCUUCAAAGAGCGCAUGCCUAGCAUGGAGAUAGGUGGCGAAAAAGAUCAGUUCAAUAAAUAUGCUUGUGCAUGUGCUGUAGUCGCUUCCAUGAUAUCCAUCAUAUUUGGAUAUGAUACCGGUGUUAUGAGUGGAGCCAUGAUAUUCAUAAAGGAGGAGCUCGGAAUCAGCGACACCCAACAAGAAGUUCUUGCAGGAAUCUUAAACCUUUGUGCCUUGGUAGGAUCUUUAGCUGCAGGAAGAACCUCUGAUUACAUUGGUCGACGCUACACAAUCGCCCUAGCCUCUGUCCUUUUCAUGGGUGGUUCAAUUCUCAUGGGAUAUGGUCCAAACUACGCAAUUCUAAUGUUGGGAAGGUGUGUUGCUGGUAUUGGCGUGGGUUUUGCUCUUUUGAUAGCACCAGUUUAUUCUGCUGAAAUCUCCUCAGCUAAAUCACGAGGCUUUCUAGCUUCCCUACCCGAGCUUUGUAUUGGUAUUGGAAUUUUACUUGGUUACGUAGCGAACUACUUCUUAGGGAAAUUGACUUUGAAGCUUGGGUGGAGAUUGAUGCUUGGUAUUGCAGCAGUUCCUUCACUUGCUUUGGCUUUUGGCAUUCUGGCAAUGCCAGAAUCUCCAAGGUGGUUGGUGAUGCAAGGCCAUUUAGGAAAAGCCAAGAAAGUUUUGUUGAAAGUUUCAAAUACUGAACAAGAAGCUGAUCUUCGGUUCAAGGAUAUAAAGAUUGCUGCUGGGAUUGACGAGAAUUGCCCUGAGGAAAUGGUUAAGCUCCCACAGAAGAACCAUGGUGAAGGGGUUUGGAAAGAGUUAAUAGUGAGACCCUCUAAUUCUGUUCGGUGGAUGUUGAUUGCAGCUGUUGGGAUUCACUUUUUUGAGCAUGCAACUGGAAUUGAAGCUGUUAUGCUAUAUAGUCCAAGAAUCUUUAAGAAAGCUGGAGUCACCACAAAGGACAAGCUCUUGCUCACAACCAUUGGAGUAGGCCUCACAAAAAUCUUUUUCUUGAUAAUAGCCUCAUUUUUGCUUGACAGAUUUGGGAGAAGACGCCUCUUGCUUACAAGCACCGGAGGAAUGGUUUGUAGCCUUGCAGUGUUAGGAUUCAGCUUGACCAUGGUGCAUACUUCACAGGAAAAGCUCUCAUGGGCCUUGACCCUUAGCAUAGUGGCUACUUACUCAUUUGUUGCUUCUUUUAAUAUUGGACUUGGACCUGUCACAUGGGUGUAUAGCUCAGAGAUUUUCCCUUCUAAGUUGAGAGCACAAGGAGCAAGUAUUGGAGUUGCUGUCAACAGAGUCAUGAAUGCUGCUGUUUCCAUGAGUUUCAUUUCAAUCUAUAAAACAAUAACUAUAGGUGGGACUUUUUUCAUGUUUGCUGCUAUAUCUAUAUUAGCUUGGUUGUUCUUCUAUUUUUUCCUGCCUGAAACCAAGGGGGUGGCCUUGGAAGGGAUGGAGAUGGUUUUCAGCAAAAAUUAUAGUAGGAAUGUAGCUGCAGAAACUGAUCAGAGGCAGAACGCGUAAGUGUGUUGUAGUUGAGAUACAGUAUACUUUGUAUGGUUGUUUGUAUUGUGUACUUUGUAUUAAAUUAAUAUUAAUAUUAAUAUCAAUAUAAUAUCAUAAUAUUUAAACCUUUUUUUAAA